UUCAAAGAACAUCAAUGGAGUACCUGGUGCAUUUGAGCAUUUUAAUAGUCGCUGUCACUCUGUCGUCUGCUGGUUACAUAAGUGACUAUGGAAACAGUAACAGCAUUGGAUUAGGAGAUAGUUAUGGUGGAGGACACAGUGAUGGUUUUAAAAGCAGUUAUGGAGGCAGAGGAGGUGGUGGUGGUGGUCAUUCUGGAGGAUUAGAAAGUAGUUAUGGUGGAGGAGGGCGUGGAGGUGGUCACAGCGGAGGUUUAGGAAAUUAUAAUGGCGGAGGAUUAGGAGGAGGUUACGGUGGUGAAAGUGGUCACAGUGGUGGAUUUUCUGGAGGUUAUGGUGGAUUAAGUGUCCAUGGAGCUGGAAUGGGAGGAGGUUACAGUGGAUCUGGUGGUCAUGGCGGAGGAUACGGUGCAUCUGGUGGCUAUGGAGGAGGAAUAGGAGGAAAUUAUGGCGGGUCUGGUGACCAUAGCGGAAGUUAUGGUGGAUCUGGGGGCUAUGGCUCAGGAAUAGGAGGAGGUUAUGGUGGAUCUGAAGGUCAUGGAGCAGGAAAUGACGGGGGAAGUAAAAUUUUUGGUAGUGCAAUUGGAGGCGGUUCCGGCCAUAAUGAAGGAUUUGUCGGAGGAUAUGGAGGAGGCAAUGGAGGCUAUAGUAGUGGAUAUAGUGCAGGAAUCGGAGGGCAUAGUUCUGGAGGAUAUGGUAGUGAAGGGAUAAGCAAAGGAUUUGGUGGUGGUCAGGGUAGCUAUGGUGGAAAUCAUGGUAGUAGUUAUGGUGGCCAAGGAGGACAAGGUGGGGAUAGCAAGACUAUCAUAAUACCAAUUAUUAAGCAUGUUCCAGUUAUUCAACACGUACCAGUUGUUGAGCAUAUAAAAGUAGUAACAAAAAGCAAUGGAGGUGGUGGAAAAAGAAAAGGUGGAUCCGGGGGUUAUGGCAGUAGCAGUUAUGGCGGAGGAAGGGGGUGGGCCGGUAAAGGCUCUGGAGGAGGUGCUUGGUCAAUGAGUGGAUUAGGCGGAGGAUAUGGAGGAUGGUCUAAUAGUGGUGGAGGUUUCGGUGGUUACGGUGGAAGCAGUGGCUAUGGAAAGAAAUCUGGUAGUGGAAGCUCGUAUGGAAGCACCGGGCAAAAUAGUUAUGGUUCAGGAAGUAUGAAAGGACUAUGGUAAAAGGGCAAAAGCAGAAAAGGUUUAAUGGAUCAGCCUUCAAUCCGCACAUGAAUAAGUACCAUACUUCUGAAAUUCGGAGACCAU